CUAUAUACAUAAAACUUCUCAUGAGAUUGAUUUUGACAUUUUCUUUGUAGAGUUUAGUCUUUCAGUUCUCUUCUUUUACUUCCAAAUGAUGAGGUUUAUUGUUGGUCAGAACAUAUUUCAAGGCAUGUAGAGUAGGAGCAGGACCAGCAGGUACAAUUGAGGUGGGGUUUAUGGGUGAUGUGAAAAAGUUGUCUAUAAAAUCCCCAUAGCUCUUUUGAAGUUGGUGUGCCCAUUGGAAAAAAAAGAUUCACUUCCAUGAUCCCAAAUAAUCUUACUUCAAUGGCUAAAAAUCUAUGCCAAAAAAUAUGCUUGGCCCAUCUCCUUGUUUUAUCCGUCUGGAUUUCCCAUGCCCUCUGUCGACCUCUCAACGAGGAACACAUGCUGAAGAGGCAUGAGGAAUGGAUGGCUCGGCACAGCCGCGUCUACCCAGACGCAGCUGAGAAGGAGAAACGCUAUGCAAUAUUUAAGGAAAACGUUGAACGUAUUGAAGCUUUUAAUAAUGGUGUGGAAAAAGGAUACAAGCUAGGUGUAAAUAAGUUUGCUGACUUAACCAAUGAGGAAUUCCGUUCCCUACGCUCUGGCUACAAACGUCUGUCCUUCAAAUUGAUGUCGGAUUCAAAACCCACAAGUUUCCGCUAUGGAAACGUGACCGCUAUGCCAACUGUUAUGGACUGGAGGAAAAAGGGUGCCGUGACCUCUGUCAAGAAUCAAGGCACCUGUGGAUGUUGUUGGGCGUUUUCAGCUGUGGCGGCUAUAGAAGGAAUAACACAACUCAAGAAAGGCAAGUUAAUUUCUUUGUCUGAGCAGCAGCUUGUGGACUGUGACAUCAAUGGUGAAGAUGAAGGAUGCGAAGGUGGCUUCAUGAACAGCGCCUUUCAGUUCAUCAAAAGCAACCAUGGGUUAGCAACAGAAGCCAACUACCCUUACCAGGGAUCUGAGGGAACUUGCAAAAAGAAGGAAGCAACUCCUGCAGCAACUAUAAAUGGCUACGAAGCUGUACCGGUAAACAACGAAAAGGCACUACUGCAAGCUGUGGCCAACCAACCAGUUUCAGUUGGUAUUGAAGGUAGUGGAUGGGAUUUCAGGUUUUACGAGAGCGGGGUCUUCUCUGGGGUGUGUGGCACACACCUUGAUCAUGCUGUCACGGCAAUUGGGUAUGGAACCAGUUCUGCUGGGACCAAGUACUGGUUGGUGAAGAAUUCAUGGGGCACGGACUGGGGUGAGAAUGGGUAUAUGAGGCUCAAGAGGGAUGUUACUGCCAAGCAAGGCCUUUGUGGCGUUGCCAUGAAAGCUUCUUAUCCAAUUGCAUGAAGAAGAAAAUAUUAUCUCAUGAAGUGUAAAACUAAUUUACAUUUGUGCGUUAUGGUAGCUAUGCUUCCUGUACUUAAAACAAUCUGUGCAAAAUUUCAACAAUAAAGUGUUUGAUCUGCUUACUAUCGAAAUUCCACUUGAUUAACCAGUAAAUCUUUUUGCAACUAGGAGGAAGCUGAAUGCAGGUUUGCGUUA